GCAACACUGUCUCCUCACUACACGUUAGGAUACCCCAAUUUGGUCAUUAUGCCAGUGAAAUCCUUCCUCAAAAAGCUGUGUGCCCGUACCUCGGAGUCAAUCCAUAACAAUCAUUCACGUCGAGCAAGUAAAGAAGAUGAAACAUACCAUUCUGAGUCCAAUCCCGACUACCUCAAAGGCUUACUGGCUGCAUCCGACAGGUCACUUCGACCUAUUAGAGCCAGCAGUACUCCCAAACAUGACUGGAGCUUCGCUGACCAAGAAGUAUGGAUAUUCAGAACCUUAGUCGAGGUGUGCAAUCGACCGGACUAUAAUGCUUACGAUAUCGUCAAAACUUACAGGAGGGAAAAUGAUCGGGAGGAUUUAUACUUGUUAGAUGAAGAGGAGUGGUCGAAAAUCUUGGGGAGCUCGAAAGAUGGCGCGACAGUCCAUAGCAUCUUGAGGAACAUUGAGAGGAGAGGAAAGCCCUGGCUCAGAGAUAACAUGUCCAGUACCGGAUCCGAAGUCGAUUCGAAGGGCCAACAAAUUGAUCACCGUGAUAAUACUCCGUCUAGAACAACGAAUAUACAUUUUUAAGAUUCUCGAAGUUCAGGGAUACGUCUAUCACCAGCUCAUAGUUUUCAAAAACAAGCAUGAGGUGUUCUCAGGGAGGAAUUGAUAUAAGUUUCAAAUUACUCCCUA